AUGUCCGAUGACCAAGUAGAGAAUAGCGAGUUUCUUGUUCACGCUUCAGCACCCACGUCGAGGGUGGAUGAUGAGCGAUAUCGGGCGCAGGCAUUGGCUUGCUUGAAUUUCCGGCCAGCGAGGAGGUGGGUUUUAGACUGUGUUCUGAUCGGAGGGGAGGGGAAGAGGGACGACGGGGGCUCACGGGGGAAGAGGGCCCGGUUGACGGGAGAUGAUAGGGAUGAGGACGGCCCUGCACAGAUCCCGGGGGCGCUUAAAACGCCCGUUGGGAGGGGAAGGGGGCCGGGGGCGGGAAUAGAGACAGGAACGUCAAUGGGUCUCGCUCAGUGUAUUAUCUUCCUCCGAGUUGGUCAAAUAAAUCAUCAUUGGGGUCUGAGUCUGAUAGUUUGUGUCUGAUAGCCGUACCGAUAACGCCCAAAGAGGCUCCAAGAAGAGUUAAUUUGCCGGUGAUUGAGGCUGCUACUCCGGUGGUGAUGUCUGCUCCCGCAGAGAAAGACAAGACUAGCUUUGAGUUGAGGGAGUCUUUCUUUUCGCCAUAUGUGCCUACCCCGCCGUCUACAUCACUGCCGAAGCAGGAGGAACCAAUGGAGGAUGAGACUAGCUAUGGUUCCUCAUGUUUUGACUCUUGGGAUUCAAUUCCAAACACCAUUCCCGAUUCUCAGGAGCCAGUACCUCGGCCCUCACGUUCGCGGUUUUGGGAGGAGGGAGUAGAUGCAAUCCCGCAGCCCACUCUUGCUGAGGCAGACGUAACUUCAGAUGAAAGCCUAUCACCACCCUCAUCUCCACCAGUCAUUGAAGAACCAGAGAUCGCCCCACAGACAAUUGCACCCGCAAUUGACCCCUCUCAGAAAGGAAAGGAUCACGAGUCGUCCUCCUCUUCUGAGAAAUGUAUUUUCCCCGAAUUAUCCAGCGUCCCAUUCACUUACAAUCAAAAGACGCCCAGCACGGGUCGAACGUCACCGAUACCACCGCCCGUGCCCGGCUCGCCGAUUGCCUCGGACUUGACAACUAAAUCCCUACCCUUGGAAGAGCCAGCUCCUGUCGUGCGAUCCGAACAGCCACAAUGGCCCAUCCCAACACUCGUAGAAGGGCCUUACCACUUCUUCUCCCCAGUGCCCGAGACAUCAUCCAAUCCCCCCACGGUAUCAGAGAACUUGCGAAAAAUCUGGAAUGUCGGCCAAGUGCGUGCACACUACCAAAAGCAGAAACUCUCGCAGAGCAGGGAGUUACGUGAGCUAGAGAGGGGACAUUGGAGGAUGGACAUGAGCGGAUGGACAAAGCCGGAUGAUAAGAUACAUUUUUGGAACGCACUGAAGGACCACGUUACUUCCGGCCGCUUCGGCUGGGUCAACGUAUUUCUGGACGAGGAGAAGACCGGAAACGUUAUUGAGGUGUACUGCUUUGGGGGGAGUGCCGAACAUGUGUGUUUUUCCUCCCCUUGCUUGCUCCUGUUCUUCUCCCCGGAGCGGUUGACGGAUUGAGGGAAUCCCGCUUUUCUGACCCUGUUUUUUUCUGCGCUUUGGUUCUCUUGUGUUUGUUUAUAGGUUUGGGCAGCGCUGCAUAUAUUGAGCGAUCGAAAGACGGCGGGAAUCGCUUGGCUAGAUGCAACCGAUAAGGAAGUGCUCAAGUUCUGAGUCGAAAUGCCGUCACUUCCCCCCCCCCUCCCUCCUCCCUCUCACACAAGCGACACCAUUGAAGCAUUCCAUGGAUUGGCACGGACGCCAUCUCUCACAAGCCAUUCUGCGCUCGAGAUUCGAGGAAUGAAAGCGAGUGAGGGAAACAAGGAAGAAGAAGCGGCCGUGAUCGUGAUAUCGCACGAUAUGAUAGGACACGAUAGGAUACCCCGCAAACUCACGCUAUCGCCAAAGUACGAGUAAUCGCCCCUCCCCCCAUUCCCUCCAGCAAGACUGAUGAUUCGGUCCGGAUACAUGUCCAAUAGCUGACCUAUUCGGGGUUUAUAAAAGAUUACCCAGAAUGGAGGGGGCUUGAUUUUCUCUCUUUUUUCCUCCUCUCCCUUACCCUGCCAACACAAACACACAGCAAACCCAUACACAAGAACACAUGUUUGCGCAGACAGGGUUUCUCUACUGGGCUUGCCUGCAUGUAAAGUGUGCUUCACGGCACGAUACCGUAGUAUAGGUCGACCGUCUCGUGCUCAUUAUUCCUUUUUCCUUC